AAAACUUUUCUUCUCUAUUUCCUGCAGUUUGAAGAAUCUUACCUCGAAAAAAAGGAGCAUCUGACAAAGUUACAAAAGGAUGGAUCCCUGCUCUUUCAGCAGGUACCAAUGGUAGAGAUCGAUGGAAUGAAGAUGGUGCAGACCAGAGCCAUUGCCAACUACAUCUCAACGAAGUACAACCUCUACGGGAAGGACCUGAAGGAGAGAGCCCUAAUUGAUAUGUAUGUGGAAGGAAUGUUCGAUCUGAAUGACUUACUCAUGACAUAUGAAAUCCAACCAGAGGACAAAAAGGAGCAACAUUAUGCUAAUAUGAUGGACAAGACUGAAAACAGAUACYUCCCAGUCUUUGAGAAGGUAUGUGGCAAAGAAUUGACAGGUGAAUUGAUACUGUUAUCUUGAACCUCCAUCCUGGAU